AAGCGGCGCAGGCGCACUGUGUCCGCCGUACCGAACCGCAGCUAUGGAGCAGGCGCUUUCCGACCCCGAGCGGCAUUUGCAGCCUGCGCCCCUAGAGCCGCUGGGCCACCCUGACGCUGGGCUGGAGUCUGUGGUCGGUGAGGAAGCGGAGGGGGCCCGGGACGAGGGCCCCGGGGACGGCACGAUGAUGGAAAAUAAUUUUUGGUUGAAGAAGAUAGAAAUUAGUGUUUCAGAAGCAGAAAAGCGAACUGGGAGGAAUGCCAUGAACAUGCAAGAAACAUAUACUGCUUACCUCAUUGAAACAAGGUCAGUUGAACAUAUUGAUGGUCAGAGUGUCCUAACAGACUCACUAUGGAGGCGGUAUAGUGAAUUUGAGUUGUUGAGAAACUACCUUUUAGUUUACUAUCCGCAUAUUGUUGUGCCACCUUUACCAGAAAAAAGGGCAGAAUUUGUUUGGCAUAAACUCUCUGCUGACAACAUGGACCCGGAUUUUGUGGAAAGACGUCGAAUUGGUUUAGAAAACUUCCUCUUGAGAGUUGCUUCACAUCCCAUCCUUUGUAGAGACAAAAUCUUCUAUUUGUUUUUAACACAGGAAGGUAACUGGAAGGAGACUGUGAAUGAAACCGGAUUUCAGCUGAAGGCAGACUCCAGGUUAAAAGCGCUUAAUGCAACAUUCAGAGUGAAAAACCCAGACAAGAGAUUUACAGAACUAAAACACUACAGUGAUGAACUACAGUCUGUCAUCUCACAUCUUCUUCGAGUCAGAGCUAGAGUAGCAGACCGACUGUAUGGUGUAUAUAAAGUACAUGGGAAUUAUGGGCGAGUUUUCAGUGAGUGGAGUGCCAUAGAAAAAGAAAUGGGUGAUGGACUGCAGAGUGCUGGUCAUCAUAUGGAUGUGUAUGCGUCUUCUAUUGAUGAUAUUUUAGAAGAUGAAGAACAUUAUGCAGAUCAGUUAAAGGAGUACCUUUUUUAUGCAGAAGCACUGAGGGCUGUGUGCAGGAAACAUGAACUUAUGCAGUAUGAUUUGGAGAUGGCUGCUCAGGACUUAGCAUCCAAGAAGCAGCAGUGUGAGGAACUGGCAACUGGGAACGUGAGAACAUUUUCUUUGAAGGGAAUGACUACCAAGCUCUUUGGUCAAGAAACUCCAGAGCAGAGAGAAGCCAGAAUAAAGGUGCUAGAAGAACAAAUAAAUGAAGGAGAACAACAACUUAAGUCUAAAAAUCAGGAAGGCAGAGAAUUUGUCAGAAAUGCUUGGGCUGAUAUUGAACGCUUCAGAGAGCAAAAGAACCAUGAUUUAAAGGAGGCCCUCAUAAGCUAUGCAGUCAUGCAGAUCAGUAUGUGCAAGAAGGGAAUUCAAGUUUGGACCAAUGCUAAGGAAUGCUUUAGCAAGAUGUAAUCCUGUGAAAUGAGUUUCUCUUCAAUCAAAGUGCCCCAAAACAGAAGCACAAGUAAAUAAAAAAAUUUAAGUUGCUACCAGUAUACACAAAAAUAUAUAAUAAGUUGAGUAAAUUCAGCUUUCUUUAAUUUGAUUGUAGCGUUAAUAUAGCACAAAAGGGUGUAUUUUAAUGAAGAUUAAAUAUUAUAAUUUGAGGUUUUGGGGACUGGUGCUGAUUCUAAAAAUGUUAAUUAGAUAAAAUAUACCAACAAAUUGUCAGGCUUCUGAACCAAUGACUGGAUAUCAAGAUGUUAGGUAAUUUUUAGAUGUUCGUUUUAGUGCCUGCUGUUUCAGAUCUGCUUAUGUAGGGAGUUUUUUCCUAAGAUUGAGUUCUUAUCUUUAUUUGGUAAGACCCACUAAUCUGUUAUAGGGGGUUAAUUUUCCUUGCCUUAUAGUUGAGCUGUUUGGUUUGACAAACCUCAGCAGAAACUUAGUGUGGAAUCUAAGAAUUUCUCCCACAUUCUUUAAUGCCCCCAAACAUUGCAUACACUAGAAAAUGCCUUCAAUGUGUGUUUUACCAGAAUUUUGAUACUAGUCAAAAAUUUUACACUGCCAACAAAGAAGACACAACUUCUCAGAUAUAUAGUAAAAUACAUUGUUGUGAUCUAGGAAUUGGUAUAUAGCACGGUUUCAUUGAGUAUGUUACAUACAAGCAUUAAAUUCUCAGAUAAUUCUUAACCUCAGUGAUGAGCCUAAAUUGACUCUGCUUGGCUCUCUACACAUGGCUUUUCAGGGUACAAAGUGUAGCAUUUCAUUGUAUAAGAUAUAUGUAGUGAACAUACGUGUUACUAUCUUCAUUAUUAACAUCCUUUUUUAUUGCUUGGCUGUAAUUUUUGUAAAGAUAAAUUAUAUUGCUUUUGUGUGUGUGUUUUUGUGGUAUAUGUUCAGAAGCCAAGCACCCUUGGUAUUUUGCUAGCUUUGCAGAACCCUACAUGUGUACUCAUUAUUACUAAUUAUGUAAAAAACGAUUUCCAGUACUGUUCAGCAUUUGACUUUUUUACAUGUUUAAAAUGUUGCUGAAGUUUUGUGCUCUUUGCCAAACUUAUACAAUAAAUAAAUGAAGUAUUGUGUUGAUUUUCA